AUGCCAGUUUCAGUCCCAGCUGCAGACAGACGGCAGAGAGCCUCAGCAGCAUUUUCUCUCAGUUUUCUCUCUUUAGUCUUCUCUAUUACAGCAUUCAGUAGCAGUUACUGGUGUGAAGGGACGAGAAAAGUUGCCAAACCUUUCUGUACAGGAGAGAGCAAAGGGGACAACUGCAUCCGCUUUAAUAACCCUGAUGGCAACAACAGCAAUGCUGUGCAGUAUAUUUGGGAGACAGGAGAUGACAAGUUCGUUGACCGAAAGUUUCAUGCUGGGAUUUGGUAUUCCUGUGAAGAAAUGAUAAAUGAAAAAGGUGAGAAAUGUAGAAGCUUCAUCAGUCUGACUCCAGCUGCUGAUCGAGGGGUUUUAUGGCUGUCUAUUGUAGCAGAGCUUCUGUACAUCAUUUUGCUUCUGAUUGGAGCCAUUCUUAUGUCAGUAGAAAUGUGCUACUACAGUACUGUCCUUGAUGGGCUAAAGAUCAACGCCUUUUCUGCAGUAGUGACCGUAUUAGCAG